GAGCUCGGCGACGUGGACGCGAUGGUAUAUCUUGGGGGAAUGUACCGCUAUGGGUUGGGCGUCAAGCUGGACAAGAAGAAGGCGGCGCGGCUGUUUCGCAUGGGCGCAGAUCGGGGCAACGCGACCGCGCAAAACAAUGUAGCGUUUUUACUUGAUUCUGAGGAGAAACAUGAAGAAGGGUUCCCGUACUACGCGCUCGCGGCGGAUCAAGGCUUUACCCCUGGAGAGUUUAACCUUGGCUGUUGCUACGGGAACGGACGAGGCACGGAAGUCGACGUCGACAAAGCCAGAUACUGGUUCGAGCGCGCCGCUGCCAAGGGCCACGAAGGAGCUAUAGAGAACCUCGCGUACCUCGACGCGCGAGAUGGAAGUGGCGUCAAGCUGGACAAGAAGAAGGCGGAGCGGCUGUAUCGCAUGGCCGCAGAUCGGGGCGACGCGGUCGCGCAACACAGAAUAGCGUGGUUACUUCAUUCUGAGAAGAAAUUUGAAGAGGCGGUCCGGUACUUUGUGCUCGCGGCGAAUCAAGGCUAUACCUCUGGAGAGUUCAACCUUGGCUGUUGUUACAUGAACGGAGAAGGCACGGAAGUCGACCUCGGCAAAGCCAGAUACUGGUUCGAGCGCGCCGCUGCCAAGGGCUACCAGCAUGCUAUGAAUGAGCUCGCGGACCUCGACGCGCGAAAAGGACUCGGCGUCAAGCUGGACAUGAAGAAGGCGGAGCGGCUGUAUCGCACGGCCGCAGAUCGGGGCUCCGCGUUCGCGCAAUCCAAUUUAGGGGCUGUCCUUCAUUCUGAGAAGAAAUUUGAUGAAGCGUUCCCGUACUUCGCGCUCGCGGCGGAUCAAGGCUAUACCGGUGCGGAGAGCAACCUUGGCGUUUGUUACAGGGACGGAGACGGCACGGAAGUCGACGUCGACAAAGCCAGAUACUGGUUCGAGCACGCAGCUGCCAAGGGCUACGAAAGAGCUAUAGAGAGCCUCGCGCGCCUCGACGCGCAAGUAUAG